CUGAGCGAUAAGGCGAUAAGGGUUGGCGGUGCGCUUGUCAACCCUGCAACAAGUGAUGGCCGCGUUGCUUCGGUGCAAGCGGCCGACGUCGCGGUAUUUAUUAAUUGGCAAGUGACACAUGAGGCAGCUAAGGGUACACUGGCGCUUCUGGGAGGAUGCUUCGCUGCUGGCACCUUUGUGGCUUGAUAUUAUGGCUCGCCGUGUGCGAUGCGGCGCACGGGGUACGCCUACUGUUUGCCAACCGUAAAGACAUCCGGCUGUUGGAGCUCGAUGCAUCAGGCCGCCGUGCAAAUGGCUCCCGGCUGGUGGUGGAUGGUCUCGAGGACGCAGCGGCAUUGGACUUUCUCUACGAAGGCAGUCUUCUCUUCUGGACAGACGUGGGACUGGAGGUGAUACGGCGUCGGCCACUGGAAGGCUCCGGGGCCGACGUAACGGUGGCGUCCAUGGGAGUGGUGUCUCCCGAUGGGCUGGCCUGUGACUGGGUGGGUCGCAAGCUCUAUUGGACCGACUCCGAGACGAACCGCCUCGAGGUGGCCGAGCUUGAUGGCUCGCACCGCAAGGUGCUGCUCUGGCGUGACCUGGACCAGCCACGCGCCAUUGCGCUCGUCCCAACAGAUGGACUGCUGUUUUGGACAGACUGGGGUGACGUGCCCAAGAUUGAACGGGCUAGCAUGGAUGGUAACCUGACCACCCGAAAAGUCAUUGUGCGUGAGGACAUCUUCUGGCCCAAUGGGCUCACCGUGGACUACGAGGCACGCAGGAUCUACUGGGUGGAUGCAAAGCUGAAGCUGAUCUCAUCCAUGGACUAUGACGGCGAGAACCGGGCAGUCGUCAUCCAUGGCUCCCUUUCACUGCCCUUUGCCUUGACGGUUGUGGGUGACACGCUGUACUGGACAGACUGGCAGCUGCGGGCAGUGCUGUCUUGUUCCAAGCAGACGGGUGGCCAGAAGCGCACGGUGCUUGUUGGAGAGCUGGACCCCAUGGACAUCCAGGCCUACAGCCCUGUGCGCCAGCCCAAGGGUGAGGGCUCCCAGUGCAGCUACAACAACGGUGGCUGCUCGCACCUGUGCCUGGUGUCCUCUGAGGCCCCCUUCUACAGCUGCGCCUGCCCGACAGGGGUGCGACUGCUCAACGACUCGCGCACCUGUGCCAGAGGUGCAGAACAGAUCCUACUUCUGGCGCGUCGCAAGGAUUUGCGGCGCAUCUCGCUGGACACACUAGACUACACAGAUGUGGUGUUGCCUCUGCGAGGCCUCAAACAUGCGAUUGCACUGGAUUAUGACCCCGUGGAAGGCCGUGUAUACUGGACAGAUGACGAGCUGUGUCUGAUCCAGCGGGCAUUUCUCAACGGCACUGGCCAGGAGGCUGUUGUUACGCUGGAGGUGCAGCACCCCGACGGCCUGGCUGUGGAUGUAGUGGCACGCAACCUGUACUGGACGGACACGGGUACCGACCGCAUUGAGGUGGCCCGACUCAACGGCACAGCCCGCAAGGUCCUCAUUGCCGAGGGCCUCGCCGAGCCUCGAGCCAUUGUGCUGGACCCACCGCAAGGGUGGAUGUACUGGACUGACUGGGGUCAGUCGGCCAAGAUUGAGCGGGCCGCCCUGGAUGGGAGUGAUCGGCUUGUGCUGGUCUCCACAGACCUGGGCUGGCCCAAUGGGCUGGCACUGGAUGCACGGGAUGGCCGGCUGUACUGGGCAGACGCACGUACAGACCGCAUCGAGAGCACCCGCCUGGAUGGGUCCGACCGGAGGGUGCUGCUGGACAACCAGCUGCCACAUGUCUUUGGCUUCACACUGCUCGGGCCCUACAUCUACUGGACUGACUGGCAGGGCCGCUCAAUUGAGCGGUUGCACAAGCGCACGGGUGAGCGACAGGUGAUUCUGGACCAGUUACCGGACCUGAUGGGCCUGAAGGCAGUCAAUGUGCAUGCCCGGCCUGGUGAGAACGAGUGCAGCCGGGCCAACGGGGGCUGCUCCCACCUGUGCUUGCAGCGGCCCCAGGGCCGUGUGUGCGCCUGCCCGACGGGGCUGGAGCUGCGUGCCGACCUGCGUGGCUGCACGGCAGCCGAGGCAUUUCUGCUGUAUGCACAGCACAGUGAUAUCCGGCGCAUAUCGCUGCAGUCGCGCCGCACUGACCAGAUUCCCUUGGCUGGGGUGCGCGAGGCAGCUGCCCUCGACUAUGACGGCAAUGAUGGCCGCCUGUACUGGUCAGACACUGCACUCAAGCGCAUCAGCCGUGCUUUCCUCAAUGGGAGCCAGCUGGAGACAGUUGUGGAGUUUGGACUGGAGCUGCCGGAGAGCCUGGCGGUAGACUGGGUGGGCCGCAACCUGUACUGGGCUGACCUGGGCCUCAAGCGUAUCGAGGUGUCGCGGCUGGAUGGCCGGGCACGCCGGGUGCUGCUGUGGCGAGACCUCGACGACCCCCGGGCACUUGCCCUGGAGCCCAACCACCGAUGGAUGUUCUGGAGUGACUGGGGCAAGGGGCGCCGCAUUGAGCGCGCUGCCCUCGACGGCAGCCAGCGCAUGCAUCUGCUCACUCAGAUCGGGCGUGUGAACAGUCUCACCAUUGACCAUGCUGAACAGCGCCUGUACUGGACCGACAUCGAUGCCAACCACAUCGAGUCCUGCGACAUGGCUGGCAAGCGUCGCCGAGUGGCUGUUCCAGCAGCGGCAACGCAGCGCCCCUUUGGGUUGACCCAGUACCAGGAGUACCUGUACUGGACCGACCUGGAAGGGAAGAGCAUUGAGCGGGCCCUCAAGAGCACGGGUGCCAACCGCAGCCGCCUGCUGGGCCAGCUCAAGUACAUUGACGACCUGCUGGUGUUCCACACCUCCCGUCAAGCUGGCUGGAACCAGUGUGCGGUGUACAACGGGGGCUGCUCCCACCUGUGCUUGGGCGUGCCAGGCCUCCGGGGCUACCAGUGCGCCUGCCCCACCCACCACCCUCUCGGGCCCAACAACCGCACCUGCCAGCGCCCGCCCAGCUUCCUGCUGUUCAGCCAGAAGUUCAGCAUCAGUCGGCUCGGCUUGGAUGCCGAAGAUUCCCCAGAUGUGAUGCUGCCCAUUCAAGGCCUCAAGAACAUACGUGCCUUGGAAUUCGACCCUGUUUCAGAUUUCCUCUACUGGAUCGACGGCAAGUCACACGUCAUCCGUCGAAGCCGGGACAAUGGAACUCAGGUGACAACGAUGGCUGCUAGCGUGGGGGCACACCCGUAUGCUCUGGCCCUGGACCCAUAUGCACGGCAGCUGUUCUGGAGCUGCAGCCAGGGCAACCUGAUCAACAUCAGCUCACUGGACGGUGGGCGCCCGCUGGGCAUCUUGCUGGCAUCAGGCAAGGACCGCCCGAGACACCUUGCUCUGCACCCACUCCUGGGGGUACUGGUGUGGAGCAACCUGGUGAACCCAUCCCUGAUUGAGCGCUCUUUUGUGGACGGUUCGGCACGCCAGACGCUCGUGUCGGGAGAGCUUCGGCAGCCCGGGGCCCUCGCGAUGGACUGCCCCGAGGAGCGCCUCUACUGGUCUGACCUUGAGUUGCGACGGGUUGAACAUGUGCAGCUCAACGGGGAGCAAAGGAAAGUGCUGCUGUCCAAUGUACAGGCUAAUGCGUUGGCCGUGUCGGGAGACCAGCUGUUCAUCCUGGACCGUACUGACCAGUGCAUCCUGCGUGCCCACAAGCUGAGUGGCACUGAUGUGCGGCCACUGCAAGCGCGCCGCCCGCAGCUGACUGCACUACUGGCUGUGCGACGGCCAGCAACGGCAGCAACGCACCCGUGUGUGGGUCACCGCUGCUCGCAUUUAUGCCGCUCGGUGCGGAGCCGUGCUCAGUGCGCCUGCCCACCGGGACUAGUGCUACGAGGAGGCGAGUGCGUGGCUGUGGCCCGCUGCAAUGCCGAGCGCGAGUUCGGCUGCGCCGCAGGCGGCUGCAUUGCCCUGGAGGCCCGCUGUGACGGUGCUGCAGACUGCGCAGAUCGCUCCGACGAGCGCGACUGCCCACCUGGCUGCACACCGGGCACAGAGUUUCGCUGCCGCGACGGCGGCUGCGUGCCCAAGCCGCGACUGUGCGAUGGCAAGGCCGACUGCGCCGACGAGUCGGACGAACUGUGUUGUGGCGCCGACCGGUUCGCCUGCCACUCGCGCGACCAGUGCAUCGACCGUUCACGUGUGUGUGACCGACAGCCCGACUGUGCCGACAGUUCAGACGAGCUUGUCUGCGAAGCUGUGAGCAGUGCCAGCCGCACGGCCACCACCACCGUGGUGCUGCUUAUUGUUUUUGGCUCGUUGACGGUGCUGCUGGCCAUUGGCCUGUGCUGCUACCAGCAACGCACGCGCGCCGCCCCUGUGGCAGCGGUUGCACCACAUGCCGCCGCCUAUCGCAUGCUGCCUUACCCAAAGCCGCCCGCGGCGCCUCCUCCCUCGAGCACUGCAUCCAGCAACGGCUACCCACGCGAGACACUUAAUCCACCACCCAGCCCAGCCACGCUUUACGGUGGCCCCACGCCGUGCUCGACGGACGUGUGCGACGACAGCGAGCCGUGCCCGUGCCGCUUCCGGUGUGACGACUCUCUCUAUGACUCUGACCCCAAUCCGCCACCACCAACGCCGCGCAGUCGUGGCUGCGUCUCCGAUGCCAGCUGCCCGCCGUCGCCUCUCAAUGAACGGGCCUUCUGCCACCCGCCACCACCGUCACCUGUGCCCGAGUCUGACUACUAAGUGUAAAUAGUGUGUACAGUGAGUGACACUAGUGCUCAGAGCAGUGUACAGGACAUUUUUAUUCAUUUUUGUACAAAGUUUUUCAUUCCAUGCGUUUGAGUAAACGAUCACAAGCUGU